GGGGCGGAAGUGAGGAGCGCUCCAGACGUCCCCCCUCCUCCGGCGCUGUGGCUGUCGCCGUCGCUAUGGAGUAGCUGGAGCGGGACGGGGCCGAGCUGGGGUCGGAGUGAGAGACGGAGCCGACGUGACAGGUGGCCCGCCGAGCCCACGGGGCGACGGGCAGCCGGCCCCUGCUCCGGCAGCUUCCCGCGGGCUCAGGAUAAUACAUUGGUGCACAGUUGAGAAAAUGGAGUCCAUGCUGAAUAAAUUGAAGAGCACCGUUACAAAGGUAACGGCUGAUGUCACCAGUGCAGUCAUGGGAAAUCCUGUUACCAGGGAAUUUGAUGUUGGCCGACAUAUUGCCAGCGGUGGUAAUGGACUUGCUUGGAAGAUAUUUAAUGGAACUAAAAAAUCAACUAAACAGGAAGUGGCUGUUUUUGUCUUCGAUAAGAAGCUAAUAGACAAGUAUCAAAAAUUUGAAAAGGAUCAGAUUAUUGAUUCUUUAAAACGAGGUGUUCAACAGCUAACCAGGCUUCGACACCCUCGACUACUUACUGUUCAACAUCCAUUGGAAGAAUCCAGGGAUUGCUUGGCAUUUUGUACAGAACCAGUCUGUGCAAGUUUAGCUAACGUUCUUGGCAGCUGGGACAACCUACCUUCUCCUUUACCAUCUGAUAUUAAAGAAUACAAACUUUAUGAUGUGGAGACCAAAUACGGUUUGCUUCAGGUUUCUGAAGGCUUGUCGUUUUUGCAUAGCAGUGUGAAAAUGGUCCAUGGAAAUAUUACUCCUGAAAAUAUAAUUUUGAAUAAGAGUGGAGCUUGGAAAAUUAUGGGCUUUGAUUUUUGUAUCCAGUCAACAAAUCCAUCUGAACAGGAACCAAAGUUCCCUUGUAAGGAAUGGGAUCCAAACUUGCCAUCCUUGUGUCUUCCAAAUCCUGAAUAUCUGGCACCAGAAUAUAUUCUGUCCGUGAGCUGUGAGACAGCCAGUGAUAUGUACUCUCUAGGAGCUGUUAUGUAUGCAGUGUUUAAUAAAGGGAAACCAAUUUUUGAGGUCAACAAGCAGGAUAUUUAUAAAAGCUUUAGUAGACAACUGGAUCAGCUGAGCCGUUUAAGCUCCAGUACUCUUCAGAAUAUACCAGAGGAAGUGCGUGAACAUGUAAAGCUACUCUUAAAUGUAGCUCCAGCAGUCAGACCAGACGCAGAUCAAAUGACUAAGAUACCAUUCUUCGAUGAUGUAGGAGCAAUGACGCUUCAGUAUUUUGAUUCAUUAUUUCAAAGGGAUAACCUUCAGAAAUCACAGUUUUUUAAAGGGCUACCAAAGGUUCUGCCAAAACUACCUAAGCGUGUUAUAAUUCAGCGAAUUUUGCCUUGCUUGACUUCUGAAUUUGUGAAUCCUGAUAUGGUACCCUUUGUCUUGCCUAACGUUCUCCUAAUUGCUGAGGAAUGCACCAAAGAAGAAUAUAUCAGGCUCAUUCUGCCUGAUCUUGGUCCUGUUUUUAAGCAGCAAGAACCAAUCCAGAUCUUGUUGAUCUUCCUGCAAAAAAUGGACUUGCUUCUAACCAAAACUCCACCGGAUGAAAUAAAAAACAGUGUCCUACCAAUGGUUUAUAGAGCCUUGGAAGCACCUUCAAUUCAGAUCCAGGAGCUUUGCCUAAACAUAAUUCCCACAUUUGCCAAUUUAAUAGAUUACCCAUCAAUGAAAAAUUCAUUAAUUCCAAGAAUUAAAAAUGCCUGUUUGCAAACAUCUUCUCUUGCUGUCCGGGUAAACUCAUUAGUGUGCUUAGGGAAGAUUUUGGAGUACUUGGAUAAAUGGUUUGUGCUUGAUGAUAUUUUACCUUUUCUACAACAAAUUCCAUCCAAGGAACCUGCAGUGCUAAUGGGCAUUUUAGGUAUUUACAAAUGUACAUUUACUCAUAAGAAGUUGGGAAUAACCAAAGAACAGCUUGCAGGAAAAGUAUUGCCCCAUCUGAUUCCUCUUAGUAUUGAGAACAAUCUUAAUCUCAAUCAGUUCAAUUCUUUUAUUUGUGUUAUAAAAGAUAUGCUUAGUAGAUUGGAAGCGGAGCAUAAAACGAAACUUGAGCAACUUCAUGUCAUGCAAGAGCAACAGAAAUCUUUGGACAUAGCUAACCAAAUGAGCGUGUCUGAAGAGGCAAGAUCUAGUAGUACAAGUAAUCAGAUUGACAAGGUAUUUAAUACUAGUGGAACUGACCUCCUAACUAGUGGAUCUGAUAGUAAAGAGAUUGAGAUGUCAUCAAAACAGAAAAAGGCAUCACUUACACUUGAAGAGAAGCAAAAGUUAGCCAAAGAACAAGAACAGGCGCAGAAACUGAAAAGCCAGCCACCUCUUAAGCCACAAGCAACUGCAAUCACACCUCCAGUGAAGCAGACAAAAGACUUGACAGAUACCUUGAUAGAUAAUAUGUCAUCUUUGACUAGCCAUUCUAUCAACAAAGCUAAAGUUGCAUCUUCAAACAACUUUUCUUCUGUCCCUUCUAUGGGUGUUGGAAUGGGAUUUUCAUCACCUGUUGACAACACAAAGAGAAACAUGACAAACGGACUAAAUACUAACAUGGGUUUUCAGACUGCUGGAUUCGGUAUGGGAGCUGGUCCCACAACUCAGAAUUUCUUCAGUGGUCCAAGUGCAACAGGAACAACCAAGAUGAACAUUGUACCAACUGCCAAUAUGCCAAAUUACAGUCCUAUGAAUGCUGCGUCUGCGAUCUCUCCACUGACACAACAAAACAGACCCCCAGAUAUGUCUGCUUUAGAUAAUCUUUUUGGUCCUCAAAAACCCAAAGUUAGCAUGAAGCAGUUGGCUCAACAGCAAUCAAGCCAGUGGGUUAAUCAGUUCGUACCCCCGCAAGGGUCCCCAAAUGCGAGUGGUUCGGUCUUGGGACCUCAGAUGAACAUGAUAGCGCAGCCUGGCUUUGGUAUACAGGGUAACCCUUUCUUUGCUCCUCAGAACUUUGUACAACCAGCAAACACAAUGACAAACAGCAGCUCAGCUAGUAAUGACUUAAAAGAUCUUUUUGGAAAAAGCAUGACUUGGGGAAACUUUCAGCCCAGCAGAGUAAAGACUUUUGCACUGGAAAACAGCCUGAUUGUGCAUUCACAUGGUACUGCAGUGGAAUUGCAUAAGUGCAAAGUCACCUUACAUGCUAAAGAUUUCCUGUCUCUUUACCAAACGUCAGAGCGCUGAAGGUAGGAUGCAUAUAUUCAAUCAAAAAAGAAGUUAAGUAUUUCAAAAUUAUUCAGAAGUAUACUCAAUCAACUCCCAUGAAAUUUCCUACAAAAUUUUGUUUCUUAACUUCCACAAAAAGGCUUACGGGGUAAUAACACUAGAGAAUGCAACCCUGCAGCACAGUCCUUUCAGUUUCUGCUAAAUUCUUACUGAUGAUUUGUGUUGCCUGAAUUUGGCACAAACUGUCAUUUUGCCCUAUGACAGUUUGCAAAAACUUUCUUAUGCUGCCUCAAAAAUUUUGAUAGCCAUGUUACAUCUCUUUUGACUUUCUUCUCUUACAAGAGAAUUAGAAUUAAUGUCAUAGUAAACUACAAGAUUCAGGAAGCAUAAGAAGUUGUUUUAAAAUUUUGUGCAAGUUUGGGACAGAGUAAGAACACUGCUCCAAUGGUCAUGCUGGUUUACAACCUCUUUUAUAAUGGCAGAUCCUUCUUACCAGCCCCACAGCAAAAGCAACAUACCACUUAAGCAGGAUUUUAAAAUACAUCUGGUGACUUAUCACAUUUAUUAUGUAUUCCUUUUUUUUUUUUUUUUUUUUUUUUAGCUAAUUUGAUACUGCUUCUAACUGGUGUGGAGAAAGAAUAUGAGUAGUUAUGGAACCUCCUAAAAAGAAUGUUCUCUGUAAAAUUCACAUUGACUGCCCCAACUGUGUAACUAAACAGUUGUGUGUAACUCAAUGCACACUGUUUAGUUACACAGAAAUAUCUUUAAUUACUUCAUAGUUUUUGGCUUUAUUGGGAAGAUGGAAAAGGAUUACCUCAUACAAGUUGCACAUGGUUGUGUGAAAAAGCAGACUGCCAUAAAUUUUCCUGACUAGAAUGAACUAUUGCAUUUUAAUUUUGUUUUAACUCAAGUCCUUAUGAAGGAUGGAUUAAUAUGAAGCGAGUUCUCAAAUAUGGAUUUGUAAGCUCUAGAAUAUAUGGUAAAUACACAGGCAUUUCAGAUCCUUUUUAUUGUAUUACUCCAAAUUUAAUAAAGCUCUCCAGAAAUCCAAACAGUAGUUUCUUCUACUUCCCAGAAGGUGCAUGUUCAGCUUGCCCAUGAUAGAAUCUCUACUCUGUCAGAUACUACUGUAGGAUUUAAACUUUUUCUUUCCUAGGAAUUUCAGGAGCUUUCUUACAUAAUAUUUUGAAGACUAUAGCUGGCUAUUUUGAGAAGAAAAGGACUAGUUACCUUUUUUAUGGAAAGCCUACAUGCUUUAUUUUUCAAAGCCUUUCACUGAAGAAAUUGUUAUUUCAUUUGCUGCUUAAGAAACCAAAGGGCCUUAUGCUGUAAAUGUGACUUGUAUUUUGUUAUACUUCCACAGUUCUAAGCGGUAAUAGCAUUAAGCAUAUUUCUUAAAUAAUUGUUUAUGUAUUAUAGCUGCUGCCUUAGUCCUAUUAUUUUAAAAUACCUGGGACCAGUGAAAUUGUGGUUUAGAAAACAAUACCUAACACGUUGUGAUGCUUAUGUGCUGUUAAUAUUCAUGGUAAACAUUGUAGGUUAUGUUAAGAAAUCUGUGUAAACUUAAGUACAAUACUAGAACUGUUAAGCUAUUUAAGUUCAUUUACGGUUACUAGUACUCUACACUCUCAAUCACACUAAUGUCUUCUUUUAUGUCAACUUUUGAAAGCUACGUUUUAUUAGGGUAACUUAAGGCAAGCCUUUGAAGAAUUACUUGAAUCUGUAUUCCUCUAAAUUAUUUGGAAAAUAAGUUUAUAUUAAAAAUAACAUCUCUUAGGACUCUACAAUGUAUUAAAUUAAUACAUCCAUGAUAAAGGCAGUCUUAAAUGUCAGUAUCCUGAUCUGGGGUUUCAGUCACUGAUCCCCAUGGACUAGGGGCUUUUCAGAACUGGAUUUUAAUUUAACCUAUUGGAGGGAAAAUUAACUGAAAAAAUUUGAUCUGAUUUUAUAUACUAGACCUCCUAAACUGUGGAGUUUGGAGUAUAUGCUUUUGGCAUGGGCUAUCUGAGACAUAAUCUCUUUUGUAAGAACAAAGUAAAAAAAAUCCUACAAGUUCAAAUUAAGAGAGGCUUUUCUAUGCAGUGGUAAUGUGAUGGAAUAAGAUCUUUAUCUGGCUCAAGUAAUAGGAUGUUUUUUCUGUUUAUAUUUGAGAACAUAAUUUUGAUUUCUCUUGUUUGCUGCAAUUUUCAGAAUGACUAGAGUAGAAGAAUAACAACAAAGAAAACCGAAAAGGGUGCUUAUGAAAGUUAUAACAAAUUUUUCCAGUUAUUUUAAAAUAAAAUAAAAAACCCCUUCAGUUAAAAUGAGAGGGUCAAAUCCCUCUUCCUUAUAGAUGUUUUCCUGCUUAAUGUGUCAGGAAAUUGUGUGUGUGUGAAGUUCUCUAAUUAUUUCUUCUUAACUUAAGGGAAAGAGGAUUUGCAAGAGGUAAGUCAUUUGGCCCCUGCUACAAUAGUUUUUCUUUAGGAAGCCUUGUCCAGUUGAUCUCUCCACUUGGAAGUCGUCAUUCUGAGGCCCUGCAAGAGGCUGGAAGACUCAUGUCGUGGCCAGAGUGAAUACCGUUGUUUGAGAGCACCAGUUGUGCUUCACAUCCAAGUUGUUGUUUGGGAAAGUAGGAGGAAGGGACGAUGUUACAAAAUGUAGGCAUUCCAGGGGCCUUCUGUUUCUGAACUUGGAUGGAAAGAAGUGUUACAUCUAGCUUGGCCUGAAGCAGAAGGACUGUAUAGUCCUAAUGCAAAAUGAAAUGGAGAACACAGGUUUGAAAUUGGUAUCUAAUUAAGAAAUUGCAGAUUCUGUUACUGAAAAAGUAACCUGAUAUAAAAUAAGUUCUUAUUACAAUGCCUUGAACAGUACUGUAAAUUCAACCUCUGUAUUCAACCUAAUUUAAAGGAAAAAAUGUGGAAGCCUGGCAGGUUGUAUCAUCACCUUAAAGCCCACUGCAAGCAGAUCUUCAUUCUACUGUGGAAAUUAGAGCAGGGUCCUGGCUGAACUGCCCAGCCCACCUGCUUUACUUUACAUUCAUUUGUAAAGAAGAGCUGAAGAGAAGGGUGUAAAGUUCCUAUUCUUUAAUUGAUUUAUCUAUAUUAUGUUUACUACAAAAGGAGAAAAGAAGUGAAAAUAGCUGCACAUCUUAAGUAUAAGCAUCAGUUGUCCUUUGGCUGCUCUGGUGUAUGGUAAAUGAACGUUGACUGCACCAAGACAGCAGUGUUUUCCAUAUAAGAACUGUUGGUUCCAUUUGGUUUUAAGUAUGAAAGUCUCUGAAGCAUCCUCUGAAAAUUCAGUUGCAGAAAACAAACUAAUCCUGCUAGAUGGAAGGAUGGUAUUAAAGAGGCCUGAAAAAUUUCAUCUGCUGUGGCUGAUGGAGAGGAACCUUGAAACUACUGAGUUAGAGAUUAGCUUAGAAGCCCCAAGGUCUGCCCCUCUCAAGAGGGGAGAAACAGGGAGUGAAAUGGCUCAGGUGUCAUUUCAGGGGUGGAUGAGGGAGCAGAUUCGCUGUUCCUUUUCACACAAGUGGUGUGAAUAAGGCACAGAACAACAGCCUGUGGAACCUGCUCGUGCAGGAGGACAGGAGUACCAGAGGAGUCUUUUGAAAGGUAAAGGGGUCCACCAAUUAUUUGGGAGAUGGGGAGAGAGAUUUUACUGAGAACAUGGGUAGCAUGCCCUGGUUUGUUUGAAUGGAGAUACUAUGACUUCAUCUCUCAAUGGUGAAGUGAAUUGGAAAUAUCAUGGGGAAGUUGUGGCCUUACAGGUCUGCAUAGAUGCUGAGUAUCCCAAGUAAAAACCUGAAUUUUUGGAUGCGUAGGUGCACAAACUUUCAAGCCUUGUUAUUUAAAACUUUCCUUUUCUGUUAACGUUUUGUCUUUUUAUCAAUACUUGUUUCACAUUUAUGUGGAACUUUAACAUAUGCCCCAAUGGCCUUUUAAAGUAAGAAAAAUGUGUGUUAACUUUUGUAUUAUAACUGCUGUUAUAAUGUAUUCUAGGUCUGUAGAUAGAGAAGUAAGUGUGUAUAUAGAUUACAGGAUUUUGGAUUUUUCAGUUCAGUUGCACCAAAAGAGCAAAGAUUAAAUGAGAAGUUAGAUUUGAAUCAAAUUCCACAAGGCUUCCAUAUAAGCUAACAAUUAUAUGAUACUUUUGUUAUCUAUUAUAAAUUUGCAUGCUUAGUCUGCCAACAUCUACUUGAUUUGAGCAGAAAAGGAAAGGUUUUAAAAUGUAAGUUUAUGAACACUGGAUCUCUCAUUGUAGCUGAAGUUUUUGGACUUCAGAGUGGCCUUUGUUUAUUGAUUAGGAGGUUUUUAUUGGGGGUGGGUGGGAUAUCACUGAUUUGUGCCAUUUCCAACAAAAGAAAUGGGGGGAGGGGAAAGUACAGAAGAAAUACCUGUUGUAUGUGUGACCCUUUUUUGUUCUUUGUUAAGAGAUAUGCUGCAUUUUAUAUAGUCAUUGUGAACUUUUACUCUGAAAUAGCUGUGAGGAAACCUAUCUGGAGAAUUUCAGAUGAGUUAGCUGAUUUUCAAGUGAGGUCCUGCCUUGUACCUUACUUUCCAUUAGGUUUUGACUGCUUUAUGAGGAAAUUACACAAGGCAGUAAAACCUUGGAUUAAUACACCAAAUCCUCUUGCCUUCCAGGCCUCACACGUGUAUCAACAGAACAAAUAAGCCCCUGAAGUUGUCUUGUCUUUAAGUUCUCUGAAACAGUUCUAACUGCUGUACAGAUUUCUGAGAUGAAGUUGUAAAUCAAAAUGUGUUAUAGUGAACUCAGGCCUUGUGCAAAAUAUUUAAUACUUGUUUAUUUGUCUAAUCGUACAGUCUCUGUACUAGUGGCAGUUUUAUGUUCUGAUUGUAAAACAUUAAAAUUCUAAUGAGAUUUAUAAAGUGAUGUUAGUGUAGUGUCAGCUGUGAUUCAUAAUUAGAACUGUCAUAGCAUGGCAUUAGUGUAUAUCUGGUUUAUUGGACAGCUCUUCAAAAAUUUAUUCUUGUAUCAACUUUUAGAUCAGCUACUUAAAAAAUAUGUAAAAGGUACAGUGACAGUUUCAAGAAAUUCAUAUCCCUUUGUACUGUGAAUGAAGUUGCCUAUGGAAAUAAAUGAACUUUUCA